UACAGAAACUUUUAUAACAAAACAAACAUGUCCUGGGAAGGAAGAAUAGAGGAGCUUAGAUUUUACAAAUAUGGAUUUGGUCUGAUUUAAGGGAAGUUUGACUUUUGAUUAUUAUACUGAUUCUUGCACCAAUAAUAAAUUAGAAUAAACAAGAAAGUUGAUUGCACGUCGCCCCUAACAAGAGUAAAUAGUGCUCCUCCACUACUUGCCACGAGAUGUAUAGUCUUUUAUCCUGUAUUCUUAUAAAGAGAACGAAGACUGCCUUCCAAUUUGUUUUGAGAGACAGAGAUGAAGACGAAGAAGAUGGCAGUGGCUUUGAUAAUAGCUGCAUCUCUUCUGAUGGGUUGCUUAAAUGUUAGUGAAGCUUGGAAGGAAAAGCCUAGCGUUAUUCAUGUGGGAGGCAAAGUGCUAUGCCAGGACUGCUCUAAGGGCUAUAAUGAAUGGGUGAAAGGAGCCAAGCCCAUCAAAGGUUGUAGAGUAUCCAUAACUUGCCUGGAUGAGAGACACAGAGUGGCAUAUUACGGCAGCGACGAGACGGACGAUGAGGGUCAGUUUGAGCUGAUCAUCAGUAAGAUCCACAGCAACGGCAAGUCACUGUACACUGAGGGAUGCUCGGUGAGGUUGGUAUCAUCACCGGAUCCAUCGUGCAACGUUUUCACAGACUUCGGUGGGGGACGUUCAGGGGUGAAGCUCCAUCGACCCACCUCUGUAUACAGAGAUCUAAUUAAGUAUAUCAUUAGCCCUCUCUAUUUCACAACUCCCAUGUGUGACGAACCCCACGUUAAUUAUUAGAGCUCCAUUCUCCAUUGUUUUGUGGGUGGUGUGGCGGUGGGGGGUGGGGGGUUGGGAGUUUAAAAUAUUAUAAAAUGGAAAAAAAAUGUUGUGUAAUUUUGAUAUGUGGAGAACCGUGUUGAUUAAUUCCAUCAUUAGAUAUCUAAGGAAUCCUUUGGAUUGGUCACAU